GGGGGGGGUUUGGGAGCUCACGUAUACUCAGCUACUCAGCUCACCAGGAAAAGGUGGAAGGAAGCAUAUAGCCCAUUACCUCUGAGCUCGUAAAACCCUGGCUAGUUACUAAUCUCUUCCUCACCCUCCCUGAUUUGUUUCACCAGCCUUCUACUGCUCCUUCACUCCUUCUGCCAGGAGGCUGCAGCUAACCCUUUCCAUCCUCUUCCUCCCUCUGUCCUGAGCACUCUCCCAUGUACUUCCUCUAACCCGUGCUCCUCUAACCCACUCACUCCUGCAUCUUUUCUGACACCUCCUGUGAGACCCAGGCUGCUGCUUCUUUUACUUUCUCAUUUACUCCCUUCUCAUUUAUUCCCUACUGGCUAGAACACCAGGUCCUCAGCCCCUCCCAGCCUUCUAUGUCCUGCUUGUGAGUCUCAGGAUCUUUUGGGAACACGAAGCUUGGGAUAAAGGGCAGUGUCAAGGCAGCACCUGCACCAGGACAUCAUUUUCCUAAUAGGCAUGUGCGCAUAUUUUGCACGUGGUCGUACAUUUUAAGGCAGGGAGUUUUUUUCUGUGACACAGGGGCUCUGCACCAGGCGCCACGCAGAAACAGCAUCACCAAUGAAACUGCUUCCAUUCCUAGUUCUGGUUUCCAGUCUGCUGAAUUAUGGCUACACUACUGCAAGCUGCAACAUGACAUGCCACAAAGAUGCACGUUGUGAAGUUCAGGGUGGGACACAAGGCUGCUAUUGCGCCCAAGGAUAUACGGGAAAUGGCAUAACCUUCUGUUACGAUGAUAAUGAAUGUGAAAAUGCUACUCAACCUUGUGGAGAGCAUGCCAAUUGCACAAACACUGUGGGAAGUUAUUUCUGCAUGUGUGCACCUGGUUUCAAAUCUAGCAAUGGUCAACAAACUUUUGUACCUAAUGAUGGAACCUCCUGUGUGGAUGUAGAUGAGUGCAGCAAUGAAGGAACUGUUGCCUGUGGAGCUCAUGCAAAAUGUGAAAACGUGGAUGGAGGGUUUAACUGCUCCUGUAAGGAAGGUUAUCAACCAUCCACAGGAAAAUUGCAGUUUAAGCCAAAUGAUGGCACUUCCUGCCAAGAAAAUCCGAUGGCCAAGUGUGAGUUAUACAAAGACUGUAUAUCUGAACAUAUUAAUAGAACCUUAGCUGGAAUUAGUCAUUUAAAAACACCCCUGGAAAUGCUGCAAGAAAUUAAUAAGAGUACUUUGGGACCACUGUUACCUGUAGAUGUGAUUUCAUACGUUGAAGCAUUAUCUUAUUCAUCGCUGAAUAUCAUGCAUUACUCAGUUCCUGACAAUGAAGCACUUUGUAAUACAACCAUUAAUGUUUUGGUUAACAUUGUGAAUAAUUUUUUACAAAAAGACAAAAUCACAGUCUGGGAAGCCCUUCCUGUAGAUAACCAAAGACAGAGCCUGACUAAGCUGCUGCAUACUGCAGAACAAGCAACACUUCUCAUGUCACAGAACUUCAAAAAGACAACACAGCUAGAUGCUAAUGCAAGUGACAUAGCACUCAAGGUUUUCGCUUUUGAUUCACACCACAUGAAACACAUUCACCCUCAUGUUUACACAGGGGGAGAUUAUGUAAAAAUCUCCCCAAAAAAGAGAGAGGAAUCCCAUCCCAAUGGCACUGUUGCAGUUGUCUUUCUGCGGUAUAGCAAUAUUGGUUCUUUGCUUUCAUCACCUAAAAACCGCUCCUCGAAAGAUAGUUCAGAGAAGAGGCAGACAAUAAGCUCAUCAGUUAUAGCUGUUGCAAUUAGCUCAAAUCCACCUACGCUCUAUGAGCUCGAGAAAAUAACAUUUACCUUAAAAUAUGCCAAGACUGCAGAUAAAGAUAUUAAAUGUGCGUUUUGGAACUACUCAGCAGACACAAUGAAUGGCAACUGGGCUACAGAAGGCUGUGAGCUGACACAUUCCAACUCCACUCAUAUCUCAUGCAAAUGUAAUCAUUUGACUCAUUUUGCUGUUUUGAUGUCCUCAGGUGGCUCUGUUGGUGUUACAAAUUAUAACAUUCUUACAAGAAUCACUCAACUAGGAAUAAUUAUUUCGUUGAUUUGCCUCUCCAUGUGCAUUUUUACAUUCUGGUUCUUCAGUGAAAUUCAAAGCACUAGAACGACAAUUCACAAAAACCUCUGCUGCAGUCUUUUCCUGGCGGAACUUAUUUUUCUGAUUGGAAUUAACAUGAACAAUAAUAAGCUCUUCUGUUCAAUUACUGCUGGAUUACUCCAUUAUUUCCUUCUAGCUGCUUUUGCAUGGAUGUGCAUUGAAGGUAUUCACCUGUACCUUAUAGUUGUGGGAGUCAUCUACAACAAGGGUUUCUUGCACAAGAAUUUUUAUGUCUUUGGCUACGUCAGUCCAGCUGUGGUUGUUGGGAUCUCUGCUGCACUGGGAUAUAAGUACUAUGGCACCACAGAAGUAUGUUGGCUCAGCACAAAGAAUAACUUUAUUUGGAGUUUUAUAGGACCAGCAUGUCUAAUAAUUCUUGUUAAUUUGCUGGCUUUCGGAGUGAUUAUUUAUAAAGUAUUUCGACACACUGCAAUGUUAAAGCCAGAAGUUAGUUGUUAUGAAAAUAUAAGAUCCUGUGCCCGAGGUGCUCUUGCUCUCCUGUUCCUUCUUGGGGCUACCUGGAUCUUUGGCGUCCUCCAUGUUGUACAGGGAUCUGUGGUGACUGCAUAUCUGUUUACAAUCUUCAAUGCAUUUCAGGGGAUGUUCAUCUUCAUAUUUCUUUGUGUGUUGUCUAGAAAGAUUCAGGAAGAAUAUUAUAGGUUGUUCAAAAAUGUUCCAUGCUGUUUUGGCUGCUUAAGAUAAACGGAAAAAAAAACCUUGCAUGAGCAUCAUGGUGUUAAAAGGGAGCAAUCUAGAUGACAUCAUUACGGAUAUUACAGGAAAAUAUGGUAUUGUGAAAGUAUGAAAUGACCCAGUGAACAGGCAUAUCACUUAAAUGAAUUAUUGACUGUUUUUGUAUAUAUAUGUGCAUUCAUGCAAAGCAUUUAUUUUGCCCUGUAUACAAAGAGUAUACAAAACAAACUGGAUUAUUGCAGAACAUGUAUUAAUGAAGACCAGGGAAAGAAGCAAAUUUCUAAAGGAGCUCAGGACUUUUCAUGACUUAUAUUUUGUUUCUGAUAUUAAAAAAUAUCUGAGGUUCUUGAACAAGAGAUACCAGAAACCAACUGGCACAGCAGAUUUUUUGAAUUGCUUGCUAGUAGAAACUUGCUCACUGUCUUUUCAUAGUAAUUAGCAUCUUACAUUAAGUUCUGCAGGGAAUGAGUUCCACUAAAGAGUCAAUAGAUAAAGAUCUGCUACAGUCCAGACUUUUGAAAACAUUUCUUUUAAUUUAGAUUUUAAAAAUGAUUUUUUUAAAUAUUAUUCUGUUAAUCACUCAAAUAUAUAUUUGUAUAUUAAUCAUUUCUUUAUUUUUGUAACUGUUAAAGAACUGUUUAGAUCUAAAGAGAUGAGAUCAGAUCUGAUACAAGAAUGGUGGAACAGCCAUUCUGUAAGUGAAAGAUUAUUUUGUGAAUACUUUGAAAAAUAUCUGGUUCUUGUUUUAAUUUAAUUUAAUUGCCAAAAAGACUGAGAUCUUCUAAACUGGCACUAUGAUUUGGGAGGCUGUGGGAAGGAGAUGCUUUCACAAGUUUGUCACAAUAGAGAUAGUUGAAAUCCAGACCUUGUAGGAUCAAAUGAAACGUAAAGAGGUAGAAAUCACCCAUGGAGAAGAAUACAGAUUUAAAUUUGAGGUCAUGUAUGUCCAUAUUAUGCAAAAUUGUAAUUACAGCAGUCUUCUAUAUUUGUAGCAUCUUUGAUUCAAGCAGUUGUCUUCCUCCGAGGCUCCUGAGUUUGGAACACUUACCCUGUGUUUAACCUUAGGAACAUACACAAAUCUGCUGAAAUCAAAGAGAGAACUUGUUGUGAUGCAAGUUUUGCUGCAUCAGGACAUGAACAUGUUACAUCAGCAGUUCCAAUUUUGCCACUGUGUUCAUUUUAAAAGUAUGCUUUAAUUUCAUCCUUUUAGCACAUAACUUACGUGAAGUGCUGAGCAAUCCUUACUUAGCCCAUGUGGCCUUCUCAGGAAGUGUCUCGGAUCUCAGAUGGAGCCCAGUAUUUUUAACAGUCAGACACUGUAAAUAUGUAGUUGUUAAUAAAUCCCACUUUUGUUUUGUCUGUUAAAAUAAAGGACUAUUCUGAAUUUUAUUUAUAUUAAAAGGAACCUUUUUUUAGUAAUAGUUAGUUUGUUUGGACUUCAUCUGUAUACACAAGGUUUUCAAUGUAUGUAUUGCAAUGACACGCUUAAUUAAGUAUAUUCCAUGUCUCUGUCAAAAUUCUGGAAACCACGAGAGGGUUUUUUUUUCUGAAAAAAAAAAUAUAUAUAUAUAUAUAUAUAUAUUGGUUGGUCCUUUAAAUGUAAAAUAUGUGAAUAAACUGAAGUGCUUAACCUUCACAUUUCAACACACUUCCUUUGAUUUAAAUAAAUGCAAUGGAAAAGUUC